CGGGUUUUAAGGAAUCUGGAGAGCUCGCGGGUGGCCUCAGGCAUCGGACGGUGGGAGCGCGUGGGGUGCGGUGGCCCCGCCCCCGAGCGGCCGUGCGUCUCGUCUUCCCCCCCACCGCCUCUCCAUCGACCACUAAUACUCGGGCUAACAGAGUGGUUGGGGCUAUGCGAUUCGCUCCUCCUCCAUUUCAGGCCUCCAACUCUUGCACCGCCAUGUCUUCGCCCUCCCGCUUCAAGGUUCCGUCGCGUAACCACUGCCACCGUGGGUUCCGCGACCCGCCGCCUCCGCCUGCAGACGCCACCGGCGCUGCCAUGGAAGGUGGCGCUGCCCCCUCGUCCGUUAGCGGCGAUUCGCACUUCAGGGCUGUUAGAGACGCCAACUACGAUUGGACGCGGUCGCAGAAGGGCGGCGCCGCUUGGUACCCUCGUGGUGCUCCGCACCAAUCCUUCGGUCGGUGGCGGCCGCCGUCUUUUGGCCCUCUUCCGCCUCCUCGGCCUUCUUACGGCCUUCCUCCGCCUUACUAUGGCCCUCCCCCUCCCCCGGCUUACGCCCCUGCUCUUCCACCUUAUGGCCAUCCUCCGCCUUCUCACGACUCUCCUCCGUCGCCGUUUCUACCUCCUCGAUCUUCCUACUCUCCUUCCACCUUUCGCCCACAGGCAUUCCGCCCAUCUCCACCGCCUAGGCCAGCAGAUUACCGGACUUGGAGCUUCUGUCUCUCACAACCACCUCCUCAAUGUGAGCGGUUUGUAAUGCUCUCUUAUAAUAUACUUGCGGACUACCUUGCUAGAGAUCAUAGAUCCAAGCUUUAUUUUCACAUACCACAAUACAUCUUGGAUUGGGAAUGGCGAAAGAGAAAGUUACUUCUAGAGUUUCGACUUUGGGCUCCUGAUAUAAUGUGCCUUCAGGAAGUUGACAGAUUUUAUGAUCUGGAAAAAGAAUUGGCAACUCAAGGAUAUGCUGGUAUUUGGAAGAUGCGUACUGGAGAUGCAGUUGAUGGUUGUGCAAUAUUUUGGAGAACAAACAGAUUUCAGUUGAAAUAUGUUGAGACCAUUGAGUUCAAAAAACUUGGUCUUCGGGAUAAUGUUGCUCAGAUUUGUGUACUGGAAUCAACGAUCCAAAGCUCCGUCAAAAACGAGUCUGCAUCUUUACUGAAAAGCUCUGAUCAGUUGAGACAAGCUAACCAAGUGGUUGUAUGUAACAUCCAUGUCCUUUACAACCCUAAGAGAGGAGAGAUUAAGCUUGGUCAGGUAAGGACGCUUCUUCAUCGAGCUUAUGCUGUUUCUAAAAUCUGGAAUGAUGCCCCAGUUAUCGUUUGUGGAGAUUUUAAUUCUACACCUAAGAGUCCACUUUACAAUUUUAUAGCUGAGCAGAAGUUGACCCUUUCUGGUCUUGCUCGGGAUCAGAUAUCAGGACAAUAUUCUGCAUGCAUUUCUUCUUCAAGGCCAUAUUACGGCCCUGGUACAUCUAGGACUCAGCCCCACAUGAGUGGAGGUACUGAGGUUAAUUGCAAACCUCAAAAUAAGGAAGAAAAUCAAUAUGUAACAAAAGAAGCUCCUGUCCGUGAAGGAACAAGCAAUGGUCUGCUAGAUAUACCUCAAAUUUUCUCUGAGAGUUGGUUGCUGGAUAAGACAUGCACAGUACCUGAUGUGGCCACAAAUAAAAUAGGUGGUGAGAGUUUCUGCAGCGAGUCCUGUAGAAGUUGUAUCCAGCCAAUCAUGGACCAGGGAACUGCCUUAGAAAUUUCUAGCAUUGAUCAGUGCUCUGCUGGGGUUCACUCUGAUAUGAGUAGGUCAACGAUAGAAUUUUCAGGGUCAAAGCAAAAUAUGUUUGAUGAGUCCAAUGAUGAUUAUGAGUCUCCAUCAUUUCAAACUAUAAAAGCAUCUGACAUUGUUGCUGAUUCAGCAGCUCAAGCAUCUGAAACUUCGGCUGGUACGGCCUGUCAAGAUGUUUUAGUUGAUAAUGUAGUACAAAAGGAGAACUGCAGCUAUAUUGGGGCUCCAUCAUCUAAGGAGUACUCAGGUUCCAGUUCCACUACAUGUUCAGACAUUUCCUAUUAUCACAAUGAAUCUAAACAGUCGGUUAAUGAUGUGGCCAGCCUGUCAGCAGAGUUUGAUUCUACAGUGAAUCUGUUUAAUAAUUGUUUGGAAAAUCACAAUUCUGUAGGUGAAGUUGAAAAUAUAUGCAAAGAUAUCUCCUGUUCAGAAGAGAAUUCUGACCCAGAUUUCUUUAGAGAACUUUUAGGAACUGAUGAUGUAUGUCAUUUUGGUGAUGAUCCUGUAACUUCAGGCCAAAAUCAUUCAUUCGAUUCAAGCCAUAGUUCAGAGUUGGAUCCUCUAAGUGUGGGGGUUCGGGAAGAAUCUCUCCGUGGUGCAUUUUCAUUAGAUGAUGGUUUUGAAAGGCGUUCAUAUGAUCCAUAUUUGUGGACUCCAAUGGAAAUUGAGGUUGCAUCAGGGAGUGCAGAUUGUAAUUUUCUCGAACAUAGUUUGAAACUAAGGAGCGUAUACACAGAUGUGGAGGAUUAUGUGGGGACAAAGGACUCUAGCAGAGAACCCCUAGUUACCAGUUACAACCGGCGAUUUAUGGGCACUGUUGACUAUAUAUGGUCUUCUGAAGGUCUUCAGACCGCCAAAGUGCUGGAAACAUUCCCUAAACAUGUUCUACAGCAGACUUCGGGUUUUCCAACCAGGAGAUGGGGAAGCGACCAUGUUGCCUUGGCCUGUGAACUGGCAUUUACGAAUGGCUCCUCGACUAAAUAGAGCUCCAGCAUCACAUUUCCUGAGAAACAGCAAAUCUUUUAUCAAAGGUGUUCAUUUUGGGCAGUGUUCUGACAAGUGCUGCUGAGCGUAGGGCAAUCAUACGCUGCUUGCUCUCCAGCAGAUUGCUCCAUGGCGAUUCCUGAGUCGACCCUGUAUGGUCAAAUGCCAAAUCUUCUGGUGACGCGGCCUCCAGCAUUAAAGCCCUACCCUCCCAUCUUUGCUUCAAUGAAAUUUAUUGAUCCAGACAACGCUGCUGCUAAAAGAGCUUCGUGCAUGUUUCAGGUGAUUAUAAGAAUGGUCUGGCGUUCCAGGAAAAUGUUGGUAACAACUCCUGCUUUUUCUUCGGAAACACAGAAUUAUUUAUUACUAAUGUCAUCCAAUCUUCUGCUCCUCUCUUCUUUCUGUAGAUUUAUGUUAAUUUUGCGAAAUUAAUUUUCACCAUAUGUCAUAAAAAGCUAAUUUCGUGACGGUA